AUGCACAUAUCACUCAAUACUCGUACAUUGGGUUCAUUAAUUACAUUUGCAUUCAAUAGGAAUAAGGAGCAGUUACGACAAGAUCAACAAGAUCAACAAAUGCAAGAGAAGGAGCAAGAACAAGGGACUAUCAUGCAUCAAUAUCAUCAUUUAGAAGGUUCCUUUCGAAAAGUGUCAACUUUGUUGAAUAAGUUUCAAUCCAGCUUUAUCCAAGAGGAAUUAAUCAGUCCUUCCAACAAUGAAGAAACUCAUGACCAUUCUUCUAUAUCCACUAUUGAUACUUCCCAAUCCAUGUCGUCACUUCAAAUAAUUUCAAUAUCAUCAAUCACAAAAUUAAGACCACAGCAUCUCCUGAACUCCAACUUUGUCUACAAAUUGCGACAAGAUAAAGGAGUAAUCAUCCACACAUCAAAGCUAAACCUACCCCAAACACACCCAUCACCAUCAUUGCACCAACACCUGAAUGAAAAACGCGACAUAAGUAACAAUUGGCUCCUCGUCCAAUCCCCCUACCCACCGCAAACCAACCAAGUCCACUUCCCCAUCUCUAAAUGCCUCAACCAACAAUUCGGCGACGGCGGCAGCAUCGACGUGCAGUCAACAAUCUACGCCUCCUUCAUCCACACCUUGGACUUGACAUUGGGGUUGAAUAUCUUGUUUGCCAGUGAAUCAUUUACGGUGCGGCUUGAAUUGACCAAGGCGAUUACGUGGCGGAACUUGUACACUUGCACCGUGCCUGAUGGAAUGAUUGGUCAGGUGUGGGCUAGAUCCGAUGUGGUUGAGUUUGAAAGUGUGAGGUUGAGCUUUGUGGAGUUUGAGAGGGGUGAAAGUGGAGAGGACGAGGAAGAUGGAAUGGAGAAAGUAUUUGAAGAAGAAGAAGAAGAAGCGGAUGAAGGAUACGACGGAUAUGACGGUGGCGAUGAUGAUUUCGAAGGGGAGAUUUUGCGUAAGAGGUCCAAGUUGAGAUUGGGAUUGAGGCAUAAGAGUAGAGGUAACAAGAGGAAAAGUAAAACAAAAGGCAAGUUAAACAACAAGCAACAUAGGAUCAAGUUGAGGUUAUGGCGAAAAUUGCAAAAAGUCAAAAUGUUCAAUGGUGGCGGUGGCGGCGGCAGAAAUGGGUUACAACAACGACCUAUAAUUUCAUGUGUUACCGAUGUACGGUUAUUGGAUUGUUCAGGCAAGAGAACUAGAGAUUUGCAGAAUUUAGAAGUAAUUUGA